GUAAAGUUCUCUUCCGUGACCUCUCUGGACCGUGAUGGUUGGUGAACACCCAAUCGAAGUUUUACAGUUACGGCUUCAACAGAGAAGGACCCAAGAACAGCUGGCUAACCAAGGCAUCAUACCACCCCUGAAAAGCCCACCUGAAUUCCAUGAGCAAAGAAAACGUUUGGAUAGUGGCAAGGCUGAAGACACCCUGAAGCACAAGGUCAGAAACAGGUCCGACCGUGCAGACGUGGUGAAAAUGCACAUACUCCAAGGCUCCACUGCAGAGAGAUCCGUCCCAACUGCUCAGAUGAAGCUGAAAAGAGCCCGACUUGCAGAUGACCUCAAUGAAAAAAUCGCUCUCCGGCCGGGGCCCCUGGAGCUGGUGGAGAAGAACAUAUUCCCUGUGGAUUCCGCUGUGAAAGAGGCCCUAAAAGGUAACCAGGUGAGUUUCUCCAAAUCAGCGGAUGCAUUUGCCUUUGAGGAGGACAGCAGCGAUGGGCUUUCUCCGGAUCAGACUCGAGGUGAAGACCUCCAGGGCUCAGCAGGAUCCCCCCCAGACGUGAAAGCUACAGAGACCCCUUUGGCGGGUCCUCGGGGGAAAAUCCAGGAUCUUAUUUCUGGCUCAGAAAAUGAAAGGAAUGACUCGCCCCCCCAGCCCGGCAACCAGUCAGACCCGGGGAAGCAGGGGCUCGGCCCCCUGGGCAACCCCACCCCUGUACACGCUGCUGUCAAGUCCAAGUCCUUGAGCGACAGUAAGAACCGCCACAAAAAGCCCAAGGACCCCAAGCCAAAGGUGAAGAAGCUCAAAUAUCACCAGUACAUCCCCCCGGACCAGAAGGCAGAGAAGUCCCCCCCGCCCAUGGAUUCCGCCUACGCCCGGCUGCUCCAGCAGCAACAGCUGUUCUUACAGCUGCAGAUCCUCAGCCAACAGCAACAGCACCGCUUCAGCUACCCCGGGCUCCACCAAGCUCAGCUCAAGGAACCAAAUGAGCAGGUGGUCAGAAAUCCAAACCCUUCUUCAGCACCACUGAGCAAUGCCCCUUUGUCUCCUGCCAAAAACAGUUUUUCUGGACAAACUGGUGUCUCUUCUCUCAAGCCAGGCCCUCUCCCAUCCAACCUAGAUGAUCUGAAGGUCUCUGAGUUAAGACAGCAGCUUCGAAUACGAGGUUUGCCGGUGUCCGGCACCAAGACGGCCCUCAUGGACCGGCUUCGGCCCUUCCAGGACUGUUCUGGGAACCCGGUGCCCAACUUCGGUGACAUAACGACCGUCACUUUUCCUGUGACGCCCAGCAGCGCGCUGCCCAAUUACCAGUCCUCCCCGCCCACCGGCGCCUCGUCCAACGGCUUCUACCACUUCGGCAGCACCAGCUCCAGCCCCCCCAUCUCGCCCGCCUCUUCCGACCUGUCGGUGGCGGGGUCCCUGCCAGACACCUUCAACGAUGCCUCCCCGUCCUUUGGCCUGCAUCCGUCCCCCGUCCACGCGUGCCCCGAGGAAAGCCUCGUGGGCAGUGUCAACGGGGGUUGCAUCCCUCCCGAGCUGGACGGACUGGACUCCGAGAAGGACAAGAUGCUGGUGGAGAAGCAGAAGGUGAUCAACGAGCUCACCUGGAAACUCCAGCAAGAGCAGAGGCACGUGGAGGAGCUGAGGCUGCAGCUGCAGAAGCAGAAGAGGGGCAGCUGUGCCGAGAAGACGCUGCCGCCUCUCCCCGCCGCCCCCGUCAAGCAGGAAGACGCCGCCUGCAGCUGUCCUUUCGCAUCCCCGCAGAGAGCCGUGAAAAGACAGAGCGCCUGCUCGGAGGGCCAGCCGCCGGCUCGUGAAGACGCUCAGCUCCUGCCCCUCGGGAGCACUCCCUGUGCGGAGCCCUCAGGUCAAAGCAGCGUACUUCCUUCCACGUUCCUCAGCCCGCAGUGCUCCCCGCAGCAUUCGCCCCUCGGGGCUGUGAAAAGCCCGCAGCACAUCAGUUUGCCCCCCUCGCCGAACAACCAUUACUUCCUACCCGCACCUUCGGGCGCCCAAGGAGACGAGCACAGGGUCUCCUCACCUGUCGGCAGCCAGGUGCGUACUGCACAGAACUCAGGGGCACGUGAGGGCCAUCCUUCAAGCUUCUCUCCCCAGCCUUCCAGCCUUCACCCCUCUUUCUCUGGAGCCCAGGCAGACAGCAGUCAUGGUGCCGGGGGCAACUCUUGUCCCAAAAGCCCAGGUGUACAGCAAAAGAUGGCUGGUUUACACUCUUCUGAUAAGUCAGGGCCAAAGUUUUCAAUUCCAUCCCCAACUUUUUCUAAGUCAACUUCAGCAGUUUCAGAGAUAAGCCAGCCUCCAUCCUAUGAAGAUGCAGUAAAGCAGCAAAUGACCCAGAGUCAGCAGAUGGACGAACUCCUGGAUGUCCUCAUUGAAAGUGGAGAAAUGCCAGCUGACGCCAGAGAGGAUCAUUCAUGUCUUCAGAAAGUCCCAAAGAUACCUGGGUCUUCUCGAAGCCCCUCUGCUGCCCUCCCCAAGCCCCCGGCUUCCUUUGAACCAGCAUCUGCAGGAGGCCAGCUCUCCUUCGAGCACUACGGCGCCGACAGCAACGAGCACCUUGAAGUCUUAUUAAAUUCCCAGAGCCCCUUGGGGAAGGUGGGCGACGUCGCCCUUCUGAAAAUCGGGAGCGAGGAGCCUCCUUUCGAUGGGAUGAUGGAUGGGUUCUCCGGGAAGGCUGCGGAAGACCUCUUCAACGCGCACGAGAUCCUGCCGGGCCCUCUCUCCCCCAUGCAGACUCAGUAUUCACCCUCGUCCGUGGACAGCAGUGGGCUGCCCUUAAGCUUCACGGAAUCUCCUUGGGAAAGCAUGGAGUGGCUGGACAUCACGCCACCCAGCUCCACCCCGAGCUUCAGCUCCCUCCCCACCGGCGGUCCCAGCAUCUUCAACAUCGACUUCCUGGAUGUCACGGAUCUCAAUUUGAAUUCCCCCAUGGACCUCCACUUACAGCAGUGGUAG